AUGGGCAGGGCGGCGGCGGCACGUCAGCCUGAGGUCACCGCCCGGUCCCGGUCCACAGGAUUAUACAAGCAGGCAGCAGCAGGGACAGCUGCUACCAACCAUGGCUUUGCGGGUCUUGACACCAAUAAACCCCAGCGGACUUCAAACUACCAGCCCCGGGGGGUACUCUCCCAGCCCCAGGUUCCUGGCUACAAGCCCCAGGAUCCUGGCUACAAGCCACAGGAUCCUGGCUACAAGCCACAGGAUCCCAGCUAUAAGCCCCAGGAUCCCACCUACAAGCCCCAGCCACAGGACCCCAUCUACAAGCCCCAGCCUCAGGAUCCCAGCAACAAGCCCCAGCCUCAGUCUCCCAGCUACAAACCUCAACCCCAGUCCCAGGUGCCACGCUACCACUAUAAACCCCAGAUGAUGCGCUACCACCCCCGUUACCAUCCUCAGCAAAAUGUGCCACGCUACCAGCCCCACUUCAAGCCUCAGCCUCCACGCUACCAGGCCCAGACAAAGCCACUACGCUACCAGCCCCAGCCCCCACUACAAGUGCUGCCCUACCCUUCCCAGCCUAAACCCCAAGGGCCAACCUACCAGCCACCUUCUGAGCCUAAGCCACAAGGGCCAAUCUAUCAGCACCCCUUGCAACCCAUCCCCCAAGGAGAAGUCUACCAGCACCCUCCUCAGCCUAAGCCUCAAGGACCACCCUACCAGCACCUUCCCCAGCCUAAGCCACAAGGGCCACCCUACCAGCACGGUCCCCAGCCUAAUCCACAAGGGCCACCCUACCAGCACGGGCCACCCUACCCGCACCCUCCCCAGCCUAAGCCACAAGGGCCACCCUACCAGCACCCUCCCCAGCCUAAGCCACAAGGGCCACCCUACCAGCACCCUCCCCAGCCAAAGCCACAGGGGCCACCCUACCAGCACCCUCCCCAGCCUAAGCCUCAAGGGCCACCCUACCAGCACCCUUCCAAGCCUCAAGGGACACCAUACCAGCACGCUUCCAAGCAAAAGCCCCAAGCGAUACCCUACCAGUCACCCUACCAGCACCAGCUGAUGCGGUACCAGUCAGGCAGUAAUGCUGGUUUUUAUCCCACUUCCCUGCCUCAAGGGCCAUCCAGCCACUUUGGCUACAGACGUAACUAA